AGCAUAUAAAAUCCUCGUUGUUUUUCGAAUAUGUUAUAAAAUCACAGCUGACGGCGGUGCCGGAUAUCGUAACCCUAGAAGAAUCUCGGCGGCGACAUGACAUUCAAGAGAAGAAACGGUGGACGCAACAAACAUGGACGUGGCCAUGUCAAAUUCAUUCGUUGCUCCAAUUGUGGUAAAUGCUGUCCCAAGGACAAGGCUAUCAAGAGAUUUCAAGUGAGGAACGUAGUGGAACAAGCUGCUGUUAGGGAUGUUCAAGAAGCGUGUGCUUUUGACCAGUACACACUUCCCAAGCUGUACACGAAGAUGCAAUACUGUGUGUCUUGUGCAAUUCACUCUAAAGUUGUCAGGGUUCGCUCUCGAACUGAAAGGAGGAAUCGUGAGCCACCAAAGCGUUUCUCUCGCCCAAGGGAUGAUGCUCCUAGACCUGGCCAGGGUCCCCGACUAGGUGGUGUUGCUGGUCCUGCUCCAGUUCGUGCUUGAAGAUCUUAUUCUCUGCUAAUAGGUUUCGAAGACUUAAUAUUGAGCAUAUUUUGUUACGCUUUUUCUAUGUAGCUGUUUAGCCUUGGACUCAUUUGGUGUUAUCCAUGCUGCCCUCUUGAAUAGUUUGAAAACUUAAGUUUUGUAAGAUGGGUUUAUUGGAUUUGUUGCUACUCUGUGGGCUUUCAGAAAUUUGUUUCAAAA